AUGUCGAUCAUCGUCUCGACAGGGCCACAUUCAAAGAAGUUCAGUUUGGAUCACUUUGAGAAGAAGGCUAACACAAAAUUGCGAAAACGCAACGAGGAAUGGCGGGAUGCCGUUUACAUCGAUGAUGCGCCAAUCGACGGACCUAACCUCUACAUAAUCCUCACGGGUUUCCACGAUCCAGAUCUACCUGGACAAUUGAAAAGCAUUGGCGUGCCAAUAUGUUGCAUACUGCAGAUCAAACGGCCCACCGAAGAAUUGAAUCCCAACAUAGAGGAAGAAAUAAUGGACAUCGAUUCCGAAAGCAAGAAAUUAGUCUUUUUCGGAAAGUAUACCGUGACUAAGAGCAAAUUGUACAACUUUUGGACAACAAUAGAGAAACGAUUGCGCGAAGGCGAAUUGUAUCCAGAAUAUCACGACAUUGGAUUCCUCAUAUUCUGCCCACCGCGAUAUCCAAAAACCUUGGAUAGGAAAGAAUACGAGGCUAACAAGAAAGACAUAUACAACAGAGUAUCGUACAUUCUGUACGAUUUUUACGAUCUUUACAGGCAACAUGGUAAAUAUUUGAAAAGUAUGAAGAUAGAAACGAGUAUCUUUGAUAAGAGAAUCGAGAAACCGGAUCUGAAAGUUUACGAAUCCUUUAUGAAAGCGUUCGACAACACAUUUCUUCCGGAAUGUGUUUUACUUCCGUUGAUAAUGGUUGCAAUGUUAAUGCAAGUUGAAGAAAAUGAAAAUAAAAUGAAACAGACCGUUAAGGAUAUAAGCGAUACAAACGAUAUAAAGAUCAAGGAAGAAUACACGGAGAAAGAUGUGACAACUGAGAUAACUAGGGAAUAUCUGAUAUCGUACAUCGAAGAAAAGUUGAAGACCCUCAACCUUAAAUACGGCCUCGAUGACGAAGAGUAUGACAAAAAUCAAACCGAUUACAGCGUAAUCGACAUUGAUCUAAUCCUUCACGGAAAUAAGAUCCUCGAGACCAUUGUCGAUAUCUCCGCGAUUCCUUUCUUGCUGAAACCGACAGACUUAAUCGACAAUAUUAUACCCAUAUUACGGCAUCCGGUUGUAACGAGUGUCCACGAGAACAACAAGAUCACCGAGAAAAAAUUGAACAUUUAUUCUCGUCACAUGGAAAAUCUUCGAUAUUGCUUCGACUUUUCGAUAAACAAGGAGAAAAUCAAGCAUUACUUGCACAUAUUGAUGUUCGACAAAAUAUUGUUCGAUUCGAAGGUUAAAACAAAUAAGGUUAAAAUUUUGGAAAGAACGAAGAAGGAGGAUCCGAUGUACGCGCAAGAUCCGAUAGAACGUUGUAAAUCUUUACCAAGCCUGUACUCAGAAUCCAUGUGCAAAGUUUACUUUCUCAGCGAUUACGGGAACAUCGAUUACGGGAAAUUGUUCCCACAAAUCGUCGAAUGCUCGCCCCUGUUCGACCUGGUGGAUCCUCGGGAAUUGUUAGUCCCUGGUUACUUGGAGGAGAACGUGUUCGCCACAAGACCGGUUAACAACUAUCGUCUCGAAGACUUCAACGACGUCGAGCUAUUACCGGAAGUGAUUUUUCUUCAGCUUGUUUACCAGUGUCUACUCGCUUUCGAUCACAUAGAAUUUCAAUACUUUGAACCCACGGACUCUCUGUUACUCUACUUCCAUAACAAAUGGAGGAUCAAUGAUGUGAGCGAGGAGGAAAGAAUUUCUAGCAUCCGUACUCCGUUACGAUUCGGUGAUUUCUGCAAAUACGUGGUGCCCGAGGAGCAGCAAUGGCUGCGCCAAGAAGAGGAAGAGAACAGAUUGGAAACUACCAGGGAGAUGGAGAGAUUGAUGACGAAGAGCGCGAAGAUAUACGACGAGACCUUGUCCUUCCACGAUGAGGAUUUCAUUCUACCUGGGACGUUGAAAGCGAAAUAUGACAUCUACGGUGAUCUUAAUAAGCAGAAAACCAAUAGAGAUUUAAGCUAUGCUCUUUCAGAAUUACGUAUGCAAGUAUCGAAUCAGAAAAAGACAUUUUUUUCGGCCGAUGAUACUUUGGUACAAGUCGAUCUAGAGAAUUGGCUGUACAAGAGCAAACGUUUGUACAUUACUGUUACUUUGAAUGGAUACACUUUACGAUUAUCCCGUAGAAUCGACAUUCAGGAAAUGACCGAGGUAUUUCACUUAACGAGUCGAUUAGGAAUCGUUCUUACGUUUCAAAUGCUACUAAAUUUCCCAGAUGUAACAAAGAAUCCUAAUUCCGAUUGGCAAGAUACAAGGUUCAAAUACAGAAUCUCGACACCCGCCGGUUUAUUCGUAGAACCGGUAAUUGUUGAUUGGCCGGAUAACCCGUAUUAUAUCAAGCAAUCGUAUUUGCAAAACGGAUACAUUGACAACAAAAACAAUCGUGAAAUCUGUAGAAAAUUUUUGAGAAAUGGAACUAUUUUAAAGUAUCUAGAUGAUGGAAGAAUAAUUAUUUUUCGUUCUAACGGGAUAAUCGUAACUUGUAUAUCUUUUGAGAAAAUUGACAUCACUCAACAUGACUAUGAUCAAAUCAACUUGAGAAACGAUAUAGAUAUCAAAUCAAAAGAGCUCAAGAAUCCAAAAAUUAAGAAGAAAAUAGCAAAGUUUCGUUCGACGGAGGAAGAAUUAGAAGAACAGAAAAUAACGGAGCCUGAGGUGUUAAAGCAGAUCAAAGUGUCACGAUACACAGUCCUGAAUUACGAUGGCGAACAGUACGAGGUGUGCAACGACUUGGUCGUAAGUGACCAGCAUCGAUUACUAGUGAGAUCGGCAUCGGACUACGAGGUCAACGAGAAAUUCACGCGUCGCGCUGAUGGUACCAACAUGUUGCUGAAUUCCAAUGGAGAAUUGAUUGUCAGAUUUCCAGCCAGACGAUAUGCUACAAUUAACGAGCAGUAG